GAUUGUGUAAUACAAGUCCUUGUGUGUUCAUCCAUCAGGUUUUUUGUUUUGUUUUGUUCAUCCUUGGUCAACAGUCAACUUGACUUCUUCGAUUUGAAAUGACUUCAACCCAUUAUUUACCAGUCCCAAUCACUGAUUCCUCAGCUUCUACUCCAACUACUCCUCAUGGUCCUUAUGCUCGAUCAAACACCCAUCAUCCUCAUCCUCGAUCAUCAAAAAGUCAAAUCACAUGUUUCAUCCUAAGGCUUUUCAUUCCUGCUUCAUGUUUGGUGAUCAUCUUUGGACUUAUCAUAGCUUCGGGUCAUGCUCCUGAACAACUCGGGAUCACUCAAUGUCGUGAAGGUUGUUUACCAAAAUGGGAGAAAGUUCAAGAUUUAGCUAAGAGUUGGGCUACUGGUUUUAAAAACACGUUUGGUGAUCAACCUAAAAAAAUUAAAAUACUUCAUUUGAUCGAUAAGGAUACUUCGGAAGUGCUUAUGGAUCGAUGGUUUUUACAUUCACAUGAUGCCUUCUUGGCUCGAGAUGAUAUUAUCUCUUCUGCAGUACUAUGGGGUCCCGAUUUUGAGGGUUGGUCUAAUUCUACAACCAUAUCACAGAAUAUCAAAACCAAAUACGGUGCCGCCGAUUUUUUCGAUGCCGUGCUGGUCUAUUUCAAUAAUGAUCAAGUCAAAUUUCGUCACAUCGAUCCUAAACCCUGGUUUGAUGAGAUCAAAGAACUUAGCUCAAAGGGAAAAGGUGUUGUGAUCAUUGACCGGCCUCAUGAGAUGAGAGAUAUGCGUAAAGAGGAGUUUUAUACGCUGGCCAAUGUCUCUCUCGUCCUAGCACCUUACGCAUACGAACUAUUGGACUAUCGAAUCAAAUUUGCCACUCAGUCUCUCUUGGUCCAUCAACCGCACUUUAUCGAUGCGGCCAUCUUCUAUCAUCCAGCAGCAGGCCCACGACCAGAACCUAUCAUCAUCGCUGGUGAUCUCGGUGCUUUUUAUCCAUUCCGAGCUAGAUUGGCAAACUUGAUCCGUAAUAAGACGCUCCCAGGUUGGAUUCGUGGACAUCCAGGGUACGAGGACAUCAAGGACCCAAAGGAUAGAAAUCCACGCGUGAAUGCAGCGAAUCAAGAGCAACAACUAGUGGACUUUGGAACCGAUUUUGGACACGCUAAGAUUUGUUUAGUAACCGAUAGCCGAUGGGGAUACUCUGUACAGAAAUAUGUAGAAGCAGCAGCAGCAGGAUGUUUGAUUGCAGGAAACAUACCACUUGAUAGGCAAAGUUGGUUCAGGGAAGGAAUUGUACCCAUGUCAAAUAAUGAUACAGAUGAAACAAUAGUGAAAACAUUGAAUUGGUGGUUAGACCAUGAUGAAGAACGAAUCAAGAAAGCUAAAAGUACUCAAGAUUGGAUUUUGAAUUCAUUUGGUAUGGAUCAAUAUGUGACUGAUGUUUGGAAAAUGAUUUGGUUGGUGAAAGGUGGUCAAAGAGGUUUAAUUCUUCCUUAUGAAUUUGAUUUUCUUCCUUCUCCAUUACCAUUGGAUGGUUAAAUUUUCUUCUUGAAAUGUUUUAUCAUUUAUCUUUGAUUUUGUGUUUCACUUUUCAUUCUUUUUUUUCUCAUCCCUUACCAAGCUUUUUGAUUUGGACUUUUUUUUCAAGUCUUGAUUAUUAUGGAUAGCAUUCUUGUUCUAUUAGUCACCUUGUGAACUCUCUAUUUGUGGACUUGAUCUAAGCUUUUUGUAGUGUUGUACUACUUGAGUCUCAAAUAUUGAUUCUGCUACUUUAGGAAUGGAAUUUGUCAUUGCUGUGCAUUUCAUGGACAAUUGUCAUGGUUUUGGCAGGUU